AUACGGAACAGUCAUACUGUGAAGACAAAAAGGGAGCAGACAACAGUGAUUCUACAUUCAGAACUACUUUACAAACCUUACAAGCAGAAGGUAGAGUAUAUGCUCUCUGCACUGACUGGACUGGAUACAAAUUGAAGAUACUGGCAUAUCUGGCAGGUAAACAAAGUACAGAACACCAUGAGUCUUGAGAAGAUAACAUGGGAGUACAAGGGGUUUACUCUCUUUCGAGAUGUUACCAAGGAAACCCUGGAUGUCUUGCCUGACUUCCAGAUUCGAGAUGACGACAUUGUUGUGGCAAGUUUUCCAAAGACAGGGACAAACUGGCUGUUGGAGAUGGUUACUAAGAUCCUGCGAGCUGCAGGAAAAACAGACAGCAGUGCAGAUGACCUGAUCGGUCCAGGGCCCAUUGAGGUGAAGAUACCGACAGCCACACAGCCAGGCUACGUCACACUCGCAGACAUGCCCUCUCCCCGCCUUGUGGUAACACACCUGCCUAUUGAGUUGGCACCGAAAGGGAUAUCCAAGCCACAGAAUAAGGUGAAAAUCCUGGUGCCAAUGAGGAAUCCAAAAGACACGGCUGUGUCACUCUACCAUUUUGGCAACAAGAUUUUCAAGUUGAUGGGUUUGAAGGACGACAUUCCAUGGGAAGGGUUUGCUCAGAAGUUCACCAACGGAAAAGUGCCAUAUGGACCAUUUGAAGACCAUGUCUUGGGUUGGUGGAAGAUGCGAGAUGACCCCCACUUCCUCUUCCUCAAGUAUGAGGACAUGAAGAAGGACCUGCUAAGUGCUGUGAAGACCAUAGUGGCUUUUCUGGAGGUUGAUCUGGAUGAAUCGACCAUAAAAGGCAUCGCAGAGGCCAGUACUUUCAACAACAUGAAGGUAGACAUGGAUAACUCCAAGGUGGCUGAAAGACGGGCUAUAGCCAGGAAAGGUAUCAUAGGAGACUGGAAGAACAUGUUUACACCUGAGCAGAGUGAAGCCUUUGAUGCCUGGUAUGAGGAGAAGUUUAGUGGGACUGGCAUCACCUUUGACUUUGAAUAAACUAGAUGAUAUUAUAUACGCCACAAAAGAUUCUCUUCCUACUAAGAUCAUCGAACCAAUCUAUUAUAGAAUACAUGGGGCAUUUCAUUUUCAACUGUCUUCAAAGAAGAAGUCAAACCCCGUGAUAGCCACGUAGACUUAGUACCCUAUUUUGUAUCAUUUGUACAUUCAACCACUUAAUAUUUGUAUGUUAGAAUUUAGUUUAUCUACAUGUUCUUAGACUACAUUCAUUCAUUUCAUGUAUUUAGUCUUUCUUCUCUUGCAAUUAGCCCAAUGGGCAUGAAUUUGC